AGAAUAUUUGUCUCGGUAAUUGUUUCAUGGAAUUUUGAGCUCCCGAAUUGAUCUUUACAUUCUGGGUUUGACUUUUCUUGUGAUUAAUGCAAAUAGGGAAACAUUUUCUGGGUUUGACUUUUCCUACGGUAAUCUUUCCUUGAGAAAGUGGUAACUCAUCGUUGUCCACAAGCGUUAGAAGAACCAUCUUAUCCGCAUUAGCAGUGCCGCUCUUCACAGCCAUCCAAAACUUGCACAAAGUGAAAUGGCAUCGCCGAUGUCGCUGAGACACUGCUCCACAAACCCUUCGCUCGGCGUCGUUUGCCGCCUCCAUGGCCACUCCAAGCUUGGCCAUGCAGCUCCAGGUCUCCCGGAACAGUUACUCAUCGGAAGGAGACAAGCAACAGCAGCAGCAGCUGUAGCAGUAGCUCUCCAUGCCAAGGAAGCCAUCUCCGGUUCGAGCGUCGCUUCCGCCUUGGAGUUCAGAUUCACCGCCCCGGAACAGACACCUGAAGAAGCAGACGCGGUGGUGAAGAUCCAUGCAAGAGAUCUGGUGCGGAUAAAGGCUUUGAUCGAUUCGCAGUCAUGGAGAGAAGCCCAGAUCGCGCUUCGCGAGAGCUCGUCGUAUCUGAAGCAGGAUCUCUACACGAUCAUCCAAGCAAAGCCGGGAAGCCAGCGGCCACAGCUGAGGAAGCUCUACUCUCACCUCUUCAACGAUGUCUCAAGUCUGGAUUAUGCUGCCAGAGACAAAGAUGCUCGCCGAGUUCAAGAGUGCUACGAUAACAUCGUUGCGACACUCAAUGAGAUUUUUGUUCUGAUCUAACAAAUGCAGACCUUGAUGUUUGUUC